AACUUCCGGGUCCUUUAAUUCUCCUCCCCUUUCUUUUGUUGUUCCGCUCCCUCGUUUAAUCAGCCCUCAGGGUCGAGGCGCCAUUUCCGGCAAGCGCUGGUUUCCUUUCCCGGGUCGCGCUUCCUCCUUCCUCUUCCCUCGCUGCGAGUUUUCUCAUUGGCCCUCGCGGAGCUGGGCAGGGCGGCCCAAGUGAUUCUGUGCUGUGGGGCGAGCGAGCAGACGAGCAAAUGAAUGGUGUCAGCUACGGGCUCUUGCGGCGUUUGCUGGGCACUUUGAAGGUCUUUCCCGUGUUAAGGCGUCCGGCCAAGCAGCGGCUGACUUGGUGGUUGUCCACCGUCACCAUGGAGCGGGCGGUGGUGCGUUGCGUGCCGGCGGAACCUAAGCUCAGCGUUUCCAUCGUGCUGCAAGACGGUAAGACCCGGCAUGUGCACCGAGACCAAACGGAGCCGUUGGGCCAGGCGCUGGCUCGCAUCGCCAACAACGUCAGCAAAGGCCAUGCCAAGAAGGCCAAGAAGAGCAAGAAAGCGCAGCCCGAACCCGAACCCGGGACGCCUUCUGAGCUCGUCCCCGUUCGCCUUUUCACCCAGGACGGGGAAGCCGUGCCCGAGGACGUGCCCAACGAGGAGGCCUGGAAGGACGGGUCGGUGCUGCAAAUAGGCGAGACCCGCUACCGCGUGGAGCGCAAUCCGCCCACGCUGACCGAGGUGCAGCUCCCACGCUCUCUCAUGGCCGGUUUCCCCGUGUGCCCCAAGCUCCAAGUCGAGUUCGGCUCCGCCCGGGACUGCCUCUUCCGUUGGUUUUACGAGGAGAAGAUCGAGCCGGCUGAGACAGCGUCGGCCGCCGCGAGCAACAGCUGGGUGGAAGCCCCGGCCGGCUCAGAGCGAGUCUUCAUGCCGACCAACGCGCAGAUUGGACGCCGCUUGAAGCUCGUGUGCAUCCCGGGCAACGGCGAGCAGCGCUACGGGCUGCCCCGCGAGGCGGAAAGUGUAGGCCCCGUGGAGGCUGGCCCGGGCGCUUGCACUUUCGAAGCGCGGCAUCUCUACACCAAGAAAAUCGCGGCUCCGGGACUGAUCCGCGUGGUUUCCUAUAACAUCCUGGCCGACAUCUACGCCAGGACUGAGCUCUCGCGGACCGUCCUUUAUCCGUAUUGCGCUCCCUAUUCGCUGGAGCUCGACUACCGGCAAAACCUGCUCAAAAAAGAACUGGCUGGCUACAACGCCGACAUCAUUUGCCUGCAGGAGGUAGACAAGUCGGUCUUUGUGGAUAGCCUGGGUCCUGCCCUUGACGCCUUCGGCCUGGAGGGGCUGUUCCGGAUCAAAGAGAGGCAGCACGAAGGCCUGGCCACUUUCUACCGAAGGGACAAAUUCCGUCUCCUUAGUCAGCACGACAUUGCCUUCAACCAGGCUCUGCUUGAAGAUCCCUUGCAGAGAGAACUGCGGGACAAGGUGGCGACCUGCCCGCAGGUUGAGGAAAGCCUGCUUAAGCGAUCGUCAGCUCUACAGGUUUCUGUCCUUCAGUCUCAAAAUGAUUCUUCAAGAAAGAUUUGCGUAGCCAACACUCACUUGUUUUGGCACCCAAAAGGUGAAAAUAUCCGUCUAAUCCAAGUUGCAAUAGCAUUAUCCCAUAUUAAGCAUGUGAUCAAUGACAUGUAUCCUGCUACACCUCUCAUCCUCUGUGGGGAUUUUAAUGCCACACCAUCAACUGGAACAUAUACUUUUGUCAAUAGCGGUAGUAUUACUGAAGAUCAUGAGAGCUGGGAUUCAGAAGUUAAAGAGCAACGGUUUGCUAUGUCUCUAAUCCACCAGUUUUGUCUUAAAAGUGCUUGUGGAGAACCAGCCUACACUAAUUAUGUUGGAGGCUUUCAUGGAUGUUUGGACUAUAUUUUCAUUGAUGCAAAUGUUUUGGAGGUUGAACAGGUAAUUCCACUGCCAAGCCAUGAAGAAGUAACCACCCACCAGGCCUUACCAAGUGUUUCACACCCAUCAGAUCAUAUAGCACUAAUAUGUGAUAUAAAGUGGAAAUGAUCUGAUUGUUUUCUGAAAUGUGUGCUACUUGUGAAAAAUUCAGUUGGAAUGCUUCUUUGAUCACAAUUAUAUCUCAUUUAUAAUUCUUUAUAAGUGGUCAUACUUUUUAUAACAGCGUUCUUAUGUACCAGUGCUAUUUUUUUCUUUUACUAAUGAACAAAAUACAUUUUGAAACUAUGACUGUCCUUUUUCAUUUUCAUAUGACUUUUAAAAUAAGGAAAGGAGUAGGACUGGUUUAUUUAAACGGAUAUUUGCCAAUCAAUCACUAUUGACAUGUGAAAGAAUAGCCGCUAUGUUGUCUUCAUAAGACUAUUAAAGAUUCAAAAAAAUAUUCGGAGAGUUCCCACUAUUGGGGGAAAAGAUCUUACAUAAACCAAGAUAAUUUGGGUUUAAAUAAUAGUAAUAUUAUGGUAUGCUUGGGUAGUGAUUUUUUUUCUGACUAGAGACUGAUUUUGCUAGGAAGCAGUGAUUUUAAUCAAUAGUAAUCCACCUUUAGGGGAGUUUAAAAACUAUUGCUUCCUGCUGUUUUGGAAAGUUCUUUUAAUGAUUUGAGCAAGGUCUAAGUAACAAAGACCCUACUUAUUUCAUUUAAAGCAAAGAGAAGUAAUCAAAGAGGUGCUGUAGCUGCAGCAGCACCAUCUUUCAGAUGGGGCUAACCUUCUCUUGUCUUGCUGAUGAAGGCUAGAAAAGGUAAUUAAAUUACAGUUAAUCCUCUUCCACACCAGUUCACAAGACCAAGUUAAGAAGGCACUCAACUGUUAAUCCUGUUUACAGGGGUAAAUUGUCUCAUUAACUGAAGAUAUUUGAAUUUGCAGAUGUGAUCAAGAUACUGGUGUUGCUGGUAACCUGGUUAAGCAUGUUCUGCACCCUAAACCAUUAAAAUCUGAAUCUUUGUUAGCUGCUCAAAUUUAUGGAUUUGAAAUAGGUGGCCAUAUAAAUCAAAUACAUAAACUAGUUAAAAUGAUUAAUUUCUUAACUGAGCAUUAUAUGACAGUGUUAGGUCUACUUCUCACAAAUGUUAACUGACUAAUAAUGGGGGAUGUUGGCACCCUGUUUCAUUGCCCUUAUUUGUGUAAGAUAAGAUUAUCCUAUGGCUAGCUACUUUAUGGCACAAGGUCAUGCGACCAGUUAUGACUACUUUUAUGUCAAUUUGCAUAGAUUGUUAAAACUAGAUCAGUUUAUCGAAUACCAAAUUAACCAUGGUUUAGUAUUUCAUAUGAACACAGUAUAACUCAUUUUUGUCUUGUCAGGUCCAUUAAUUUAUGUAGUUUCUGGACCCUUUAUUUGCCUAACCAGAUUGCUACAGUAUAUUCAGUCUGUGUAUUAUAUACUAUUAAAACUGAUUCCUGUAACCUUUAACUGGGCAAAACAAGGGCUAAAUGUUUUGAAAAAAGUAGCUCAAAUGGGCUAAUUUACAGAAUGUGCCCAAAAUCUGGGACCCAUGCCUUUUGACAAAUUUUAUAAGUUUUAUGACAUAAACAUCAUAAAACACUUUAUGACAUAAUACAAAUGUUAAAACCUAUUUUCUGUAUUGAUGUUUGACUCUGCUGCAGAGUUCAACAUGGGCUAUUUUCAAGGCAGAUACAUCUCUGGAUAUAUCCCAGCUUUUCCAGUUAAGGCAGUACAUCCAAAGCUCUUGUCAUUGUCAAAGGCAUUGAGAAAUCUCAUAAGGGAAGUUCUGAAAGCAUGACCGAACCGGUCUUGAGUUGCCUGGUAUCAUCUAAAAGUUAAUUUAGUUAAUUCAUUUAACUCAGUUAAAUGAGAAUGAGGUGGCUGGAGUCAUUGAAGCACUGGUUGUGAGCUUAAAUAGACUCCGGGGGAUGAUAGAGGACAGGAAGACCUGAAGGAACGUCCAUGGGGUCGUGAUGGGUCGGACACUAAAACAAAAGUUAACUUUAGCUCUAAUUGGCAAAUACACACUCCACAGAAUUUUUUUGACAGUUGAAAUUAGUUAUACUUGACUCAGGUAUUUUAAAAAAACUCUCACUUGUAUAACACAUCUUGAUAUAACUGCUGCAUCUUCACAAUGGCUCAAUUCUUAGAUUCAAUCUAAGAAUCCUUUGGAAAACCAUGAGAUGCAGUUUAGAAGCAUAUGGUAAUUUUAAAAAACCUACCUUGUACACCAUGUCUUGUGCUAAGAAUACAAAACAAUUUAACACAGAGGAUCUAAUAAGCUGGUAACCAAUGUUGAAAAAUCUCAAUUUUGAGCAGCAAAAAAUAGUAUUUCAGCAACUUUUAGAAAGCCAUAAGCCAUGAUGUAAAUGCAAGUUUAUCCCUUGAGAACAGCAUCUUUAAAAAAGAUUAAAUCUUUGUUUCCUGUGAGGGUAUUCACACAGCCUUGCCUCAGAUAUACAAAUUGGAAGGAAUGCAGUGUGAGCUAUUUGUUUUUUUUAAAAAAUUAUUUUCAGGUUUGAGCACCAGUUUUAGUGUUUCCUUGUUUGAAUAGCCUGGCAAUAUUAAAUGUUCCUGCUUAAGACUGGAAUGAGAACAUGAGCCAAAGAAACAGUGCUGAUCUGUGCAAGCCCUAUUAAGUAACACAAGGUCUUACUGGCUUUAUCUAUUUUUUUGAACCAACAAUUUUCUGAGUAGAUAUAGGAAUGUUGUAAAGUAUUUGACAAAAUAUCUGAUAACAUUCUGUACAUAGAAUGGAUAGAAUUAUUAAAUGUAUACAUAUAUGAACAGUUAAA